UCGGCAGCGGCGGUGGGCAGGCGCGGGCGGCAGAGGCGGUGCGGCGGAGGCGGAGCGGGCUCUGCGGCAGGAGGGAAGAUGGCGGACGAGGAGAAGCUGCCGCCCGGCUGGGAGAAGCGCAUGAGCCGCAGCUCAGGCCGGGUGUACUACUUCAAUCACAUCACUAACGCCAGCCAGUGGGAGCGGCCGAGUGGCAACAGCAGUGGCGGCGGCAAAAAUGGACAAGGGGAGCCCACCAGGGUCCGCUGCUCACACCUGCUGGUCAAGCACAGCCAGUCACGCCGGCCCUCGUCCUGGCGGCAGGAGAAGAUCACCCGGACCAAGGAGGAGGCUCUAGAGCUGAUCAACAGCUACAUCCAGAAGAUUAAGUCGGGAGAGGAGGAUUUUGAAUCUCUGGCCUCACAGUUCAGCGACUGCAGCUCCGCCAAGGCCAGGGGAGACCUGGGUGCCUUCAGCAGAGGUCAGAUGCAGAAGCCAUUUGAAGACGCCUCCUUUGCACUGCGGACGGGGGAGAUGAGCGGGCCCGUGUUCACGGAUUCUGGCAUCCACAUCAUCCUGCGCACGGAGUGAGGGUGCUGGGCGGCCCAGGCCUGGUCCCCGGGAGGGGGCGAGGCGGGGUGGCUGGGCCCACAGACCCUGCUCCCUGCUGCCCACCGACCAGUGGGCACCCCUCCCUGCUCACGUCACACACUAUUUAUUGAUCCCAGAAUGGCUGGGAGGGGGCUCUUCACCGGGGGCUCCCUGUCCCGUUGGGGCUGUCCCUGCCAGACUCCCCUCCCCUUUAGGAGCUGACUUCAGAAGGGCACAGGGUGGAGAGGCUCCCGGGGCUUCCAGAUCCAAGGGGUGGGGGUGACCGGUCCCAAAGAGAAGGCUAGUUAGCUGAGCCGCCCCCCGCAUCCCCCCAGGUCCAGGAAGGGGGCAGGAGGGCCUCAAGUCGUUUCUGGUUUUGCCAUGUUCCUCUAUUCACUUGCAAAAAGCAAAUGCUCCGCGUGGGGCCCAGGCUGCCUGCUGCUUUGGGGCCCUCUCUAAGCAGCAGAGCAGCACCCUCCCCACCCUCGAUUAAACCUGGAACCACU